AUGGCUAAGUCCUCUCAGCGCAGACAGUCGGCUCCCUCUAUUAUUCUCACCAAAGCCCUUACAAAGUCAAAACCUGUCUCCAGGGAUUGCGCAUCUCAGGUUAGCCAUAACACGUAUGCCCUGAUCCAGUCUCUGCUCAGCCCAACGAGGAAUCUCAUUUGCCAAGGCAAUGUGCUACUGCAGACAGGCCUUCAGACUCAGGAGAGAUUCCUCAUCCUCUUCACAGACCUUCUCAUCAUCACCAAGGCUAAGUCAGUAAUGCAGGUGAAGCAGAAGGCGUGUGUGCGUGUGAGUGAGAUGUGGACAGCCAGCUGUGUGGAAGAGGUGUGUGAGGCCAGAAAUGUUUCAGAGAAGAGCUUCGUCAUGGGCUGGCCAACUUACAACUGUGUGGCUACUUUUAGCACUUCCGAAGAGAAAGACAGAUGGCUAUCUCUCAUUGAAAGUUGUAUAAAAGAAGAGAAAAAGUGUGACGAUCCAAAGAUGAUUCCACUCAAGAUAUUUGCAAAGGAUGUUGGGAAUUGUGCCUAUGCAAAGACUCUUUUUAUCGGCAACACAGACUGUACCUCUGAUGUCAUUAGCACAGCACUGCAACAGUUUGGUCUUUCAGGUGGAAUAAAAGAUUAUAAAUUGUGGGUAUGUUCAAAACAAGAUGAAACUCCAUACCCUUUAAUUGGUCACGAGUUUCCUUACAGCAUUAAGAUGAGCCACAUUCGCCAGCUGCAGCAAGAGGCAGUGACAUCUUCCUACAGCCAGAUGGCGCUUUUGCCUAUUGAUGCUCACUGCCAGUUCUUCCUGAGGCCCAGUCAAAUGAGCAGCACCCUCACAGGUGAGACAUGCCUACCAUACUACUUGUUCUGUUUUUGUAGUAUGCUGUAUACAACCAUUAAGCCAUAUAUUCUACAAAUACUUACCUUAUGGAAUAGGUUUGGCUUGAAACCAACAGCUUGUUCCCAUCCCAUGUCUUCUAACAUUCAAAUCUCACCAAUCCCUUCACCCUCAAAACUAACACAUAUACACAAUAUCUUGAAACAUAAUUGCUUCUUUUCUUGCUGGCCUCUCUUGCAUACAUUUCUCCUAGCAGAGCGGAAAAGAAGCAGGAGGAGGAUGUCUCUUAUUAGCUGGGCAUUUAAACGAGGCUCCAGCAUUGAACACGCUGUAAAAUCAGAAUCUCCAGGCCACAGCAUUACACCAGCUUAUGGUCAUCUGUUUGGUCGGCCACUCAGUGAUGUCAUAAUUGACAAUACCCUGCCAUCACCCAUUGUGGACAUGUUUAAGUGUUUGUGCAGCGAGGGGGCCGUGACGCGUGGAAUAUUCCGGCGCUCUGCCGGAGUGAAUGCCUGCCGAGAAUUGAGGGAAAAACUGGAUUCUGGUCACUAUGAAGAGCUUCUGAGUGGAGAAUCUGUACUUGUUACCGCUGCAGUGUUUAAGGAUUUCUUACGCAAUAUACCUGGCAGCCUGUUGUGUGAGGAGCUCUAUGAGCAAUGGCUUCAAGCAGUGGAGCAAGAUGGAGAAAGAGAUGGACACAUGACAGAAAGGAACAUGCUACAGGAAGUUCAGAGGCUUAUUCAGCUCUUGCCUAAAGAGAACGUCCUGCUGCUGAGAAACAUCAUAGCGAUGCUGCACCACAUACAGCUCAAUGCUGAGCACAACCAGAUGAACUCUUUUAAUCUGGCUGUGUGUAUAGCACAUAGCUGUCUGUGGAAUAGCAAUCUACAAUCUCAGGAAAAAGACGCCAAAAAGGUGUGUGACCUUGUGCGUGUCAUGAUUGACAACUGCUGUGCGUUGUUUGGGGAUGAAAUUAUAACCCUCUUAAAGGAUUUGACUGAAGACAAUAGAAGCAACGACGGAUCAGUUGGGUCCCUGCAGCAGAUGUCAGACUCAGGUUAUGAGAGUCUUAAGAAUGAGGUGAAUACUGACACAGAGGACAUUUCUAAGACCCGUCCUCUUAAAGACAGUCGUAGUAUGGACUCACUCAUGUCACUGAGUGACUGUGACCUCGACUGCCCAGAAAACAACCUGGAGUCUUCUAACCCACUGGCACAAAUCAGGAACAUUACACCAGCUGUGCGUCAACCCCAAUCCCUUAAAUUACACAGACACUCCAUGCCUACCAUUGCUUUGAUAUCUCAUGAACAGAAAGAAACCUCAGAAAGUGGACAAUAUCAAGAGACUGAGAGACCUGAUGAGGUCAAUGAUAACGUGUUUUUGGAACACAGCUUUCAACAACUGAAUUUCAUGAAAGAAAAACAAACUUCAUCAACCUCCAAUGUAUCAUCCCCAGUAACUUCACCAACAGUCUCAUCUGUGAGUUCAAUGGACAGUCACUUUUCUCCUCAGAACUCUCCAGCCAGGGGACAAUCUGAUUGGCUUAUUCAAAACAACACAGAUUACCAACAUCCAAUGAACUUGUCGAAUGAGAAACUGUGUCCAGCACAUCAUCAGAGGAACAUUGCUGAUAUUGAAGGGGGUUUACAGUCUAAAGUGACCAAAAAUCCUCCUUCUUAUCAGCAGGCCUUACAACAGCUAAACAGAAAACCAUUCUCACAGACUCCCACUCGAACGUCUGUGAGAGCCACUGGGCAGCUACAUAAAGGAAAAGGCCUUUUCUACAAGGGGCCCGGGAGCCCCACACACAGCCCUUUAGGAGACCACCAGGUGUCUCCUGCUCCUCAGAGCUUCAGGUUUACCUGUCAAACCAAGAAAGAAAAGGUACCACAGAGUGUGUUUUAUGGACAGAGCUGCAAGUUGACGGUGCACAGGGUCAGGGGACAGAAUGCAGGUUUGAAGUCCAGCAAACUCUCUGGGCAGCAGUUGAGGUUUAAAGCACUUGAUUUGCACCCCUCCUCUGGGAAGAUAGUUGAGGACUACUUUAUGGAUGCUUCCCCUCUCGGAGAGGGGCUGACAGAGAACCAGGCUAUUGGGAGAGGCCGCAGACUCAGCUGUUGCAGUAACAGCCAGUGGGUUGUGUAAAGCCAAUGGGAACAGUUAAGUUUAAAAACGGCACAUAAACACUGGGAUACCAACUAACGAUAAUAACCUGCAGUUUCUUAUAAUUAACAAUUACAUGCUCCAUAUUACAGAAUGAUUACACUUUUUGCUGAUAUUUUAGCCGUUUUGCUAAUUUUAGUUAUUUAAAUCUUAAGUAAAAUGUCAUCUUAUUAAAAUCCAAAAACAGUUUUUGACCAAUUUUGAGCCUUUUUUUGUAAAUAUUCAUGAGCAUAUUUUAGUAAUAUUCAUGAGCAUAAGAACAAUAUGCAUGAGAUUGUAUUUACUUGGGAAAAACCCCCCCCCAAAAAACACUUCUUUCUUACAUUUCAACGUUAUGCAAGUGAAAGUUUAAGGAUUUAAACACAGAACACAUACUCGCAUUCACAACAGGAUUACAUAGGGAUAGAAGACAUUUUGCAUGUUGAUCCUAAAAAUCAAUUAAUUACUCAUAAAUAUUCUGAUCUUUAAAGAUGGAUGCCACAUUUCUGAAGUCCAAGAUGAUUUCAUAUAAGCUGAUAUUUGUGAACCUUGUAAUGCCUUGUUGUAAAUAACCAUCAUUUUUUUGACUAAGAAAAAUGUAAAUACGAUAUUGUAAAUACAAUAUUUUAUUGUUCCUUAAAGAAUGCUAUUUAAUGUAGGCCUGGAGUACUUACUUUUAAUUUUUGUAAUAAUGAAUAAGUACAACUGUAAAUCUUAUUAAAACUAGUAAUCCCACCUCUUGAGUGUGACCUAUUUUAUUUUUCAAGGCGAGUGUUCAUUCUUGCACAAACAUAUUUCGGCUUGAUAUUUCACAUUCUCAAUGUGCUCAUGUCAACUCUUUAACUUAGACAUACUGUAAUUAUACAAAACAGCAAAAUAAUUUCAAUAAUAAAACUCAUGUACUUCCUUGAGGAUGAUGUUGCAUCUUUAAAAUACAAAAAGACAAAAACAAGACACUUAAAAAGUUAAACAUCGUAUUUAUUGCAAAUUCAAAAUGUAUACCAACAAGAUCCUCCCAGCUCUCAUUGUCACACAAAGAAUUGCAGAAUCUGCACAAUUAAAAUAUUACAAUCACCAAAAUUAUAAAA